CCCCCCCUUCCUCCCCCCACGACCCCAUCUCGCCUUUGCGACAUGGCCGUUUCAAUUUCUUUCACGGAUGCCCUCUUAAUUAUCGGUGGCCUUUGGCUCGCCAAACGUCUUCUUUCCAAGAAGCCAGUCGCUCCCCUUCCUCCAGGUCCCAAGGGUUUGCCUCUGGUAGGCAAUGUUUUCGACAUGCCCAAAACAAAGGAGCACCUCGAGUUUGCCAAAUGGGGCCAAGAGUACAACAGUGACAUCAUCUACGUCAAGGUGCUCGGACAGCCCAUCGUCAUCCUCAACAGCGCGAAGGUGACAUUCGAGAUGUUGGACAAGAAGAGCUCUAUGUAUUCCGACCGGCCUGUGUUCCGUGUCGCAAGCGAGAUGGUUGGGUGGAAAGACGUCCUGGUCCUCACACCCUACGGUGAUCGGUUCCGUGAGUCUCGUCGGCAGCUCCACCGUCUGAUGGGCACGAAGGCGGGAUGCGAGACCUUUGCGGAUUUGAUGGAGACGGAGGCACGGAAGUCGUUGAGACGUCUCCUGGCGAACCCGGAUGAUUUCAGACAGAACAUUCGCAAGACCGCUGGCGCUGUUAUUUUGAUGAUUGCCUACGGCUACAAGACCAACGAAGACGAGGAUCCCCUGAUCAAGCUCGUUGAUGUCGCCACGGAUCAGUUUUCGAAACUAACGGAGGCUGGUGGCCACAUCAUCGACGUUUUCCCUCUUCUUCGGUAUAUUCCCUCGUGGGUUCCUGGAAUCAACUUUCACAAGACGAUUUCUAAAUGCAAGGCGACUUUGGAGGAGAUGGCGAAUGUGCCCCACAAUUUUGUGAAGCAGCAGAUGGCGGAGGGCACAGCUGUUCCCUCGUUCACUUCAACCCGUCUCGAAAGCAAGAUUCUUACACCAGAGCAAGAGGAUAUCGUCAAAUGGUCGGCGGCCUCUCUCUACAGCGGCGGUGCAGAUAGCACUGUCUCCGCGCUCUCCACAUUCUUCCUAGCGAUGACACUUUAUCCUGAGAUCCAAAGGAAGGCCCAGGCAGAAAUUGAUGCCGUCGUAGGCACAGAUCGCCUACCCACCUUGGCUGACAGGCCACAUCUGCCAUAUGUUGACGCCGUGAUCAGUGAGACGCUUCGGUGGGCACCCGUUGGUCCUCUCAGUGUAGCACACAGACUGCAGGAAGACGACAUCCAUAACGGGUACUUCAUCCCGAAGGGCUCCAUCAUCAUCCCCAACGCCUGGGCGAUGCUGCACAAUCCGCAGACGUACAGAAACCCAGAGAAGUUUGAUCCCGACCGCUUCCUCGAUUUGGAAGGGUGGCCCGCAGAGCAAGAUCCCAGGGCUUAUGGAUUUGGAUUUGGACGGCGCAUCUGCCCUGGUCUUGCUCUCGCCGACAUGUCCAUCUUCUCCAACGUUGUUGCGAAUUUGGCAGCGUUCGACAUCCGCACUGUUGUCGACAGCAACGGCAAACCCGUCGAGGUUGUGCCUGAGUUCACAGACGGGACGAUCAGUCACCCCGCGCCAUUCAAAUGCAGCAUCAAGCCUCGUUCGGCUCACGCAGAGCAUCUCAUCUUCGCCGAUUAAACAACGGAAGUGACGGCUGUAUCUCGCGCAUUCUCUCGCAUCUUAUGCACGGCCUAUACAUCGCAUAUUUAUGGGGAUCCCACUAACACCCGCCCCGUCUUUCAUUUGUCACCUUUUUGUCGCGGUGAACGCUCCCAUAGACUUGGGACAGGGGCGCGCUCGUCUCGCACGCCGCCGGUUUAGAACACAACAUUUAUCUCUAUACACCUUUGCUUGUAUUUUUUACACCAUCAGCUUAUUAUUCUUUCGGACUGUGGCCGCUGGAGGCUUGUCAAGUUACUGUCUUGAGAAGACGAUUUCUUUUCUGACUUAAACAAUAUAUUCAACAUAACAUAUCGCACAAGCAGUUGCUGUUGCUAGCGUAGAAUUGAAAAAUUCAAGUGAAAUGAGUGUUGGG